AUGGCUGACCCCUACAAUCCCUACACUUCAUAUCCAACGCCUACUCCCGGGUGGGGCGCAUAUCCGCACCAGCAGCCCCCAUACAGCAAUGCCGACUAUGGUGGUGUGGCAUCGCCGGAUCAAAACUACAAUUAUGCUCCGCAGUCGAGUCAAUACCACCUUCAGCCGGAAGGAUACCAGAGCAAUGCGCCCAACAGAAGUUACACGCCGGUAGGACAACCAGAUCACCUCGGUCCGGCCAGCGCUCCAGGGAUACCAUUUCAUGAUAGUGGAAAGGUCCCCGAGAAUGCGGGAUACUACGAUGGCCACCCAGCCGAUGAACCGAGAUACACACCGUCACACAGCCCGCGCCCACCCCCGGUGUACGUGUCGGAGGCAGAUAAUACCCGACCUCACGACAAGGAGAGUCGGGACUCAAACCGGGGUGCAGAAGAUCUCGAGGGCGACCGUGGAUUUGGAGGGUCUCUGGCUGGUGGAGCCGCGGGUUAUUACUUCGGACACAAGAAAGAUCAUGGUAUCCUGGGUGCGAUUGGCGGGGCUAUCAUCGGAAACUUGCUUGAAGACAAAACGAAGAAGCAUGAGAGGCCCCCCCUCGCCAUCCUUAUCGUCGCAUGCUAG